AUGGCGAAAUAUAAACAGCGAUGCAAGAAACCAAGAGUCAAUGGGACAUUCAGGUUUAAAAAGCAGGAAAGUAUCCUCCCACCUCGGUGCUCAAGCAUUCUGCCUACAAAGCUUCCAGUUUCUCCCUUGAACCAAAGUGGGCCUUUUCGUUCCUGGACCUUGACUCUUCCUAACCUAACUAAAGUAGUGAGGCCUUUGGUCGCAAAAGUGCUCUGUUGGUACUGGUGGUGCCAGAACAGUGUUGUCCAGUUCUCCCAGAUUUUUCGAGUCAUCAGAAAUGCAGCAUUUCAAUCACAAGCAUGCCUGGAGGAGCUAAACAUGCUCAGGGAACGGUUGGAAAAGCUAGAAAUAGAAUUUGCUAGGCUUCAAUCAGCAAUCCAGAAGGGGACUGUUGCUCCCUUAGAAAAAACAUCUUGCCAGGCAUCGGAGGACGGCCAAUGCCAGCGUGCCACUCAAGCAGAUCUUGGCCUUGUGGAAUUGUCAUCCUUGCAUUCUCAACCUUUGAUGCCACCUGUGCCACCACCCCCUCCACCACCCCCUCCACUGCCACCUCUACCAGCACCUCGGUGUCUCAGUAAGAUUGGCGAUGCUAAGAAACAGGAUGCCUCGUUAAAAACAGAAGUGCCUAUGCAAAUAACCCUCAAGGAUCUCCUCAAUGUGAAACUAAAGAAGACACAAAGCUGCCUGGAAAUAGAAAAGAAGGUAUCGCCUUUGCAGAAGCGGAGGGCAUUAAUUACCAUCUCAGAUUUGCAGAGCAUUAGUCUGAAGUCUAAAGCUCCAACACCACCCAAUUUAGCUGCAAAUCGUUCAAGCACUCCCAGCAGAAGCUGCUUAGAUUUUCGAAAACACCUAAGAAGGGUUUCUAUUAAGAGGAGCCCAGGUGGAACCCCUUUAAUCCACAAAGAGAACCUGGAGACUGGCACAGGAUUGACGCCACUCAUGACCCAGGCGCUACGGCGCAAAUUUCAGUUUGCUCACCCCAAAAGCCCCUCUCCGUCUCACUUUCCCAGAGGAAGCAGCUUUGAGGAGCAAAGUUAACGUCGCAUCGCCCAACUGUAUGUUCAAGGCCUUCUUGCAGCUAAUCUGGACUUUGUUGGUUACUA